AUGAAAGACUUCCUUUAUACGUUCGUCGACCCGGAGGCGGACCGACAUCGGAACGUCGCGUAUCGCCUCAUAAAUGAGAAACAGAACGGAAGAAACAUGCGCGAAUGGUGUGCCCGAAGCUUAGAAGUAUGGCAAGCCUUCCCAAAUAACUCUCUCACGGCUCAAACGUGGAUCCAAACGCUCGAUCAGGAGGUCCAGAGGGAGAUCACUCGCGCGGCUCGCCAGCCACAAACCCUGGGAGAAGCACACGAUAUGGCAAUCCAAUAUUGGUCAAUGCUUCAUCGUGAACGCAGUCUACGCGACAGUGAAGGAAGCGGCCGAAAGCGCGCCGACGGGGGAAACCAGGGUCCGGCUGGAUUUAACAGAGGCAGGAAACGCCCUCGUGAAAACGAAACCCCUGCUACGCGUCCCCGCGGCAGCCGCUCUUCGCCCGGGCAACCGCCUUUCAAAGCCCGUCGAUGGAAUGACGGCACGCAGGCGGCCCAUGAGCGCAAAAGGGACUGGCAGAAGAAAGAGGGACGCUGUUUCCGAUGCAACGAGAUGGGCCACAGAAUCUGGGAGUGCCCCAAGGCCGCCGACGGCGCGCCGGGGAAAGAUGCCUCCCGCGAACAAUAG